GCUGGAAGUAACUGAGGAGGAGGUGAAAAAGAUGGAUGGGGAGGAAGUUCCCACAUCUCUGCUUGGAGGAGAGUAUAGUGAGGAGGAGUCUGCCAGAUCCUUCCAGGAGGCUCUAAGUCAGUGGAGAGAAACCAGGGCGCGAGGGUCCAAUGUGGACUCCUGUCCGACCAGUAUCAGUGUCAGCUAUAGCGACCCAGGUUGACCUCCCGCUGGAAAAAGGGACUGAAGGAAGAAUACGUGGAAAGGAAGUGGGGAGAACACCUGUCAUGGUGGAGUUCAAGCAACACAGCCUUACCUACAUAGACAGAUUGCUUCUCAAGAGGCACCACAGAACGCCAGCUGAAACUUAUCCUACAUCACUAGAGUUUUUCAGAGAUUUAAAAUCUAACAUCCACAGUGAGGAGGAGGAGGAGGAGACUACAAACAGCCUAACAGGCUCUCAAACCAAAGACACAGCUAAGGACAGUUUCACAGCUGAAGAGGAGGAUUUUCACGAUUACUAUACGUCACUCUUUGCUGUCUCUGCGAGCAGGGACAGGGUUGACCCUCAGAGCACUACACCUCAGUCCUGCCUUGUCAUAGAGGUCCUGGAUGAAACAGACAAUGAUAUAAAUGGAAGCCUUGCUGAAGACAACAAAGUGGUUCCAUCUGUUCAGUGGAGCUCCAGCAGUGGGAGAACAGCUUCUCAAACAACCUUAACCAGUGUAAUGUCCUAUAAAAGUGAGCCACCAGCCUGCCCCACUGCUGAGACUCCAAGGUCUUCAAAGUCAUCUAGCAAGACUCCAAGCUCAAAGGCACAAACGACCAGUUUGUCUGCCACUGCUCCCAAAUCAGAGGCUGACCAAAGAUCUCCACACCCAUUGUCCUCACGCUCAUUACCACAAUUCCACUCUGAAAUCCGAAAGUUCUCACCCUCAUGUUCACCUUCUCAUAAAGGCUCAGACUCAUACCUGUUACCAAAACCAACCCAGUCUUCCCAGUUUCUUCUAGAACCAGUCUCAUGCACAAGGCCUUCUCAGUCACCACCAGCCACUCUGGAGUCCCCACAACAUUCCUCGUGUGUCCCAGAAUAUCUUCUAUCAGCUGACCAAGUCCCAGAUUCUCAGUCAUUUGUAACCCCCAAACCAAACCCAAAAUCCCUGAAACAAAGUCCAUCUGAAAGUACUCCACCAGACCUAUUGGCUUGUACUGAGUCUAAGUCUUUAGAUACUUUUUCUACAUAUAAAUCAACUUCAGCAUAUGUGAAUACCAGAGUUUCUAAGUCGUGGACCUCAUCAGAGCUGUCAUUUGACGGUGGAGAUGAAAUAUCCAGUGAUUGUCUGGGUCUGGCGUUACAUGAGGAAGACUCUUCAGACGAGGAGCCACAGAUGCUCAGACAUGUAACAAGAGGGAGAUCCAGAGGAGAGGAGCGAGGGAAUCCUGCCAAAUCUCAUCUAGCAGAUGCCUUUGUUCCUGCAGAUGCAGAACGAGAAGAAGAUUUUCAGACUGAUGAGCCAGAACAGCUGUCAGAACCAUCUAUGGUACUGCACAGCCAGAGCGCUGGGUCUGGAUCAGAGCUGCUCUGUGAUCUGCAUGAGUUUAUGCCUUUGGGUUUGGACAUGGAUUGUGGUCACUCUGACACACCAGGACGCACACACAGUGACCCACUGCUCACAUGCCAAACCUCACUGUCAGACUCAAACCGAACAAAGUUGCUUCCAGCAUUUCGUCCAUUGUCCCGAGCAGCCCAAGAGAUCAUGGAGAUCUGUAAUGUGGAUCAGACAGGCUGUGAAGACCCCGACUUGGACACUGACACGACUGCACACACCCUGCAGAGUCUAGAGCAGGAGCUCAGGCUCUUGGCCAAUGUUUCAGAAAUAGCAGCAGCGGCUUCAGUGGUUGGUGCUGGGAACAGUGGGAGUCUGGAUCAUGGUGGGAAUCUGAAUUUGAACUGGGGCAGAGUCAGUGAGGAGCAGAAGGAGGAGCAGGAGGCUGCACAACAAGACAUGCAAAGCGUCCUCUUCCUGUCCUGAGACAGUACACGCACACUCACUCACACACACACAAUAUUAUGGUGUGUGUGGUACAGUAAAGUGAAACUAAAUAAGAUCAUUGUAAAAAGCUAAAGUGAACAAAACCACAGUGUGUCACAUUCAUUUUUUGAUAUAUCAGCAGGAAUUCUUAAUGUUUGAAGCGGUUAAUAGUUAAACACUUUGAAACCAAAUAAAUCAUUAAAGGCUGAAAUGACUCAAUUGCUGUAAUGAGUCAUGAUUAUAAUUAUGUCUUUUAAGUGUGUGUGUCUAUGUUUCCAGCAUAUUCAUGUUGGUUUUACAGAAUUAAAAUGACCUGUGCUGUG